AUGGCAGGCUCUGACCCGCAGGAGACUCGCCAGACCUCCGCUAAAGACUCGCCCUUCUCCAUCAAAAACCUGCUGAAUAUCGAGGACAAGCCGGCGGUGAAGCAGAGGACUUUCCCCGGGCUGGAGGGAGGCUUCUUCUCGCGGUUCGGUGUCGGAGAACUGGCCCCCUUUCCGCGCUUGGAGCUGCCCGGGCACAGGCUCUCGCUCCCGGGGCAGUAUCUGGACAGAGCUCCGGCCUGGUGGUAUCCUUACGCUCUGAACCAGCACUUCAGGAACACGGGUUCAGAGAAAAACACUGGACCCAGUUUCUCCCCUGUGUCCGACCAGCGCUCCCCAGACUCCCCCAAACUCCCGCAGGACCCCAACGACGACGAUGACAUCACUCUGGAAGACAGCGAAUCAGACGAGCCCAAGAAAGACCAAGACCAGGACCAAGACCAGGACUUAAACCAGGACUUAAACCAGCAGGACUUGGACUCUGACUCCUGGAGGCCGACGAAAACCCCCGAAUCAGGGCUAGACUCGGAACAAAAGAUGCAAUGCCGGAAGAAGAAAACCAGAACGGUCUUUUCGCGAAGUCAGGUUUUCCAGCUGGAGUCGACGUUUGACAUAAAAAGAUACUUGAGUAGUUCGGAACGCGCCGGUUUGGCCGCGUCGCUGCAUUUGACCGAAACGCAAGUCAAGAUCUGGUUUCAAAAUCGCCGAAACAAGUGGAAGAGACAGCUGGCGGCCGAGUUGGAAGCCGCUAAUUUGAGCCACGCUGCCGCCCAGAGGAUCGUGAGGGUGCCCAUUCUGUACCACGAGAGCAGCGAGCAGGAGAACGCCACCGCCAGGUCAAACGGGGGAACUGCAGGCGGGCAGGGUCUACUGGGAUUCCCGCCUCACAUGUACUAUUCACACGUACCACUGCUUAGACCGGUUUAA